UAAGCAAAAUGUUUGACGUCAUCUUUAAAUUUAUCUGCCCUUUCCUGGAGGUGACCCAUUUAUUGUUGUAAAGCUGCGCGCCAAAUAUUCGAGUUGUUUACCUAGGCUAUGCUGUGCCUGUGCUUUAAUUAUCACAAUUAUGUCGAGUUCUAGUAAUUUGCCAUGGGUAGAAAAAUACAGGCCAAAUAAGUUGGAUGAGCUUAUAGCACAUACAGAUAUUAUCAAUACAAUUAAUCGUUUUAUGGAGGAAGAUCGCUUGCCUCAUCUUCUAUUCUAUGGGCCUCCUGGUACUGGAAAGACGUCAACCAUUCUGGCAUGUGCUAAGCAGCUCUACGCACCAAAGGAGUUCAGUUCAAUGGUUUUAGAGUUGAAUGCAUCUGAUGAUAGGGGUAUUGGCAUUGUUAGAGGCCCAAUACUCAGUUUUUCAAGUACAAGGACCAUCUUCAGGUCUGGCUUUAAGCUCGUGAUCCUGGACGAGGCAGAUGCCAUGACAUCAGAUGCUCAGAAUGCACUCAGAAGAGUCAUUGAAAAGUACACAGAAAAUGUUCGUUUCUGCAUGAUCUGUAACUACCUAUCCAAGAUAAUCCCCGCCCUUCAGUCCAGAUGUACUCGAUUUCGAUUCGGACCUCUUGAUCAAGUUCAAAUGAUACCUAGGUUAGAAUAUGUAAUCAAACAGGAAGGAGUGGAAGUAACCGAAGAUGGAAUGAAAGCUUUGAUUACUCUUGCUACAGGUGACAUGAGAAAGUCUCUUAACAUGCUACAGAGUACAUCAAUGGCUUACGACGUUGUGAACGAGGAGAAUGUGUACAUGUGUACAGGACACCCUCUCACCACCGAUAUUGAGCAGAUGCUCAACUGGAUGCUCAAUUCCGACUUCACGUCAGCUUAUAAUAAUAUUUUGAAUUUAAAAACCCUUAAGGGGUUGGCAUUACAGGACAUCCUAACAGAAGUUCAUACAUAUGUACAUAAAGUUGAAUUACCAGCAAAUAUUCGAAUCCAUCUGCUCGAAAAAAUGGCUGAUAUUGAAUACCGCUUAGCAUCUGGAACAAAUGAAAAAAUCCAGUUAAGCUCGUUGGUGGCAGCCUUCCAGAUUGCAAGAGAUUUAAUCGUGGAGCAAGCCUGAAUACAGACAUAAUGAGAGGAAACCAAAUAUAUUGCAAACGAACGAGAGAGGUUUUAAGCUUAAAAUUAGUGGCAAGGGAGCAUUAUUCUCCAUUAAGUGUAGGCUGAACAUGACAUCUUAUAAUGAAAAAAGACUACAGAGCACAUCCAUUCCUUUAUCAAACCAAUUGUGGCCACAAGACAAGACUAUUGGAUACAACAUGAGCAUAUAUGAGUGCUGAAUAAUGAAUAUUCUUUCUAUAUUAGAAACCAAAUUAUUGCUAUUGUCUAUAUUGUAUCAAAAUGUAAAUGAUUUUUUUUUGUAAGGAAAUUUUGUAUUAAAAUGCAAACCUUGGAUAUUUUUGUGGUAAAUUUUCUAUGAAUUACUCUAGUAAAAAUUGGAAAACCCCAUUUUCCUUUAAACUGUGUGGUUCUCCUUCGCUACUUUACAGAUAUUUUUAUUUAUUUUAAAAAACAGCCAACAGGAAUGCUUUGUUCCAACCUACAGGUGAAAAUUGCCAAAAUAAACACCUUAAAUUUAAUAUCACUCGGUAUAAAAUUCAAAUUAAAAACAUUUAAAAAAAUUAUAAAAAUUAUUAUUAUUACAGUAUUGUAGGUAUGUAACAAGAAAUAGAUAUUAUAUGUGUUGUGGUAAAAAA